AUGUCCAGCCUCUUUCGCGAUACAUUUGGCGCGACUGCCGAAUCAGCGGCACCUGAUGCUCCUCCCCCCGCAGCACCUCAACCGGAUGCAAACGGCACACAGCCCCCUACUGGUGGUAGUUCGGGCAAUAUGGACCAAUUCAUGCGAGUAUGUCAACAACUAGGUCAGCAACUGCGAGACAGUAAUCCACAACUUAUCGAACAGUUACGCCAAUCUUUUACCAACAACCCCAAUACCCAAAACUUUCAGUUUCCCGAUGGUGAUGGUGCGACUCCAAAAUGA